UUCCCAUCAUGCAAUCCUGGUCGGAAAUGCAAAACAUAAAGACUGGCCAAGGUGGAACAUUUUAUUUGUGCGCGUCUUGUUUUACCUCGAUUUCAGCAACUUAACUAAACCGAAGCCUCGACGACGUGUCCGGUAUUAGCCACAUUACGGACUCACACAUCAGUCUUUAAGUGUCGGCACUCUUUUGCUAUCUACGUUAGCCUAGCCUAGCUGGCCAACCGCUAACAAAGCUGCAAGCUGCACGUCGUCAAGCGUUCAGAAAAUGUACGGGAGAACGACACCGGCUGCAGUAAAGUUCCAGGAGGUAAAACAGGAGCCCCCGCGUCACCAAGACUCGACUGUGUGCAAAAUAAUGCACGCAAAGGUUCUACACACACUACAAGAUGUCAGCCAAGCUCAUCUUCCUGAGCACCAGGAGUCUACAUGCAUCAAGGUGGAGAUCAAGGAGGAGGAGGAAGAGGAAGAGUUCAUACACCUUCAAGGUUUCAAAAAAUAUCUUGUUGCUGAGUGGCAGGAGCCAGAAUCUCCUAGCGUUCUUGAGGAGGAUGUUGAGCUCCCCCAAAUCAAAGAGGAGGAGCCAGAGCUCUGUCAACAGAAGGAGAGAGAAGAGCAACUUCCAAUCAAAAUGGAGGUGGUAGAGCUGCCAUACGUCAAAGAUGAGAAGAGUAUCACUAGGUCGCCUGCUGAGCCCUUGAAGAGUGAUGAUGGUCCAAGUGAGGCGGAGCCUCCGAGCGGCAGCAGCAGCUCAACAGAAGGAUUGCAGACUGACAUUUUCACCGCACCAUUCGACAGAAAUGGCGCCACGUCACACUCAACUUACAAUGAUGGUGGUCAUAAGAAAUCUCACCGUGAGGACAAACGCUGCAAAUGCUCUCAGUGUGGGAAAACCUUUGCCAAUAAGUAUACUUGUCGUACGCAUAUGAGGAGCCACACUGGUGAAAAACCUUUUGUGUGCUCAGUUUGUGGUCAAAGUUUCGCUCACAAGAGCGUCUUAAAAUUACACACAAUCACCCACACUGAUGAAAAACCUUUUUCCUGCUCAGCUUGUGGUCAUACAUUCGCAAGGAAGGAAUCCUUAAAACGACACACAAAAACCCAUGUUGGUGUAAAACCAUUUUCCUGCUCAGUUUGUGGUCAAGGAUUCAGUUGCAAGAGUUCCUUAAAAAUACACCAAAGAACCCAUACUGGUGAAAAACCUUUUUCCUGCUUAGUUUGUGGUCAAACAUUCAGUUGCAAUAGCUCCUUAAAAAUACACAAAAGAACCCAUACCGGUGAAAAACCUUUUUCCUGCUUAGUUUGUGGUAAAAGAUUUGUUCAAAAGCAACACUUGGAAAGACACACAAGUAGCCACACUGACGAAAAACCUUUUUCCUGCUUAGUUUGUGGUAAAAAAUUCAGUCACAAAGGCUACUUAUCAAAACACUCUCGAAGCCACACUAGUGAAAAACCUUUUUCCUGCUCAGUUUGUGGUCAAAGAUUCGCUGCAAAGCGAUACUUGACAAUACACACAAGAACCCACACUGGCGAGAAACCAUUUUCCUGCUCAGUUUGUGGUCGAAGAUUCAGUUGCAAUCGCACCUUAAUAACACACACAAGAACACACACCGGAGAGAAACCUUUUUCCUGUUCAGUUUGUGGUAAAAGAUUCGUUCAAAAGCAACACUUGAAAAGACACACAAGCAUUCAUACUGGAGAAAAACCUUUUUCCUGCUCAGUUUGUGGUAAAAAAUUCAGUCACAAGAGCUACUUAAAAAAACACUCUAGAACCCACGCCAGCAAAGAACUUUUUUCUUGCUCAGUUUGUGGUCAAAGAUUCGCUCUAAAGAAAUACCUGAAAAUCCACAUAAGAAACCAUACUGGCGAAUUUUUUUUUCCUGCUCACUUUGUGGUCGAAGAUUCGCUGAAAAGCGAUAUUUGAAAAUACAAGAACCCAUAACAGUGAAAAACCUUUUUCCUGCUAAGUAGGGCUGUCAAAUUUAUCGGUUUAAUGGGUGGUUAUUAAUUUUUUUAAUUAAUCACGUUAAAAUAUUUGACGCAAUUAACGCAUGCACAGAAUGACCCGUUCAUGCGUUGCCUCAAACAGUUUACAAUGACGCUGUUUUAGCACAUUGAAAGCGAAAAGGCAGAGAAAUGCGAGGCCGUUCAUUGGACCACGCCUUUUAUUGGCUUCAAGGCCAAAUGUGAAGUAAGGUUGGCCAACCAUGUUUUUGAAUAAUAUACGUGGCUAAACAAUUAUAAGCAUAUUUUCGUUAUUUUUUUUUUUUUUUUACGCAACCCUUCCAGAUUCUUUGUUUAACCCAUAGCAACGCCCUUGACAACGAAAAUGCUUUUCUUCGAAAAUCUUCGGAAUUGACGUCACACCGAGAACUGCGAGGGAAGUCCGCCAUACACACAGUAUUGUUGCAUUGCUUCUCGGUAAGAUGCCUCGGCGAUGUAUUGUUCUCAGUCUAAAGAAAAGUUUUAAAAGUGGCUGAAGGAUAGCAGGGCACGUAAAUUGACAUCUUUUGUUCGCACUAAGCGAAUGAAUUUUACGCCAUCAUCGAGUAGGCUAGGUUCAUACCACAGGUCUUAAUGCACAAAUUCGAUUUUUUUUUUGUCAUGUUUUUUGGCGUGCCCGUUCAGAGUGCCUUUGUCCAGUUCAAGUAUCACGCAUGCGCACUAAUUCGCAGUCAGCAAAGUGACCCGCAUGCGCAGAAGCAUCAAAACAAAUUACACAUACUAGCUGUAUGUCUUCCAGGGUGAUCAUAUUUUGAUUUCCAAAAAGAGAACACAAAUAACCAACAUUAAUAAUCCCCGUUUAAAAAAAAAAAAAAAUUGUUUACCCUCAUUAAAAACAUACAUAUCAAGCUUGAUUUAAGUAACGUAUGCUAGUCUGUUACUGUUGCUUUAUAUCAGGGGUCCCCAAACCUUUUCCUGUGAGGGCCACAUAACUUUUCCCUUCUCUGAUGAGGGGCCGGGUCAGUUUGUAACAGAAAAAGUGUGACGAUUGCUGGAGUGCCUAAAUGUAAAAAUUGUUUUUCAGAAAGCCACAAUCAAAUAACCCUUUCUAGAUUCUUCAUGGAACAAAAGUACAUACAAUAAAAAUAAUAAUUAAUAAGGGCUGUCAAAAUUAUCGCGUUAACGGCCGGUAAUUAAUUUUUUAAAUCACCUUAAAAUAUGUUGACGCAUUUAACGCACAUGCCCCGCUCAAACAGAUUAAAAUGACAGCACAGUGUCAUGUCCAUUUGUUACUUGUGGUUUUGGGUGUUUUGUCGCCCUCUGCUGGUGCUUGGGUGCGACUGAUUUUAUGGGUUUCAGCACCAUGAGCAUUGUGUAAUUAUUGACAUCAACAAUGGCGAGCUACUAGUUUAUUUUUUGUUGGAAAAUUUUACAAAUUUUAUUAAAACAAAAACAUUAAGAGGGGUUUUAAUAUAACAUUUCUAUAACUUGUACUAACAUUUAUCUUUUAAGAACUACAAGUCUUUCUAUCCAUGGAUUGCUUUAACAGAAUGUUAAUAAUGUUAAUGCCAUCUUGUUGAUUUAUUGUUUUAAUAAAUAAAUAUAGUACUUAUGUACACUGUUGAAUGUAUAUAUCCGUCUUGUCUUAUCAUUCCAUUCCAACAAUACAGAAAAAUACGGCAUAUUUUAUAGAUGGUUUGAAUUGCGAUUAAUUACAAUUAAUUUUUAAGCUGUGGUUAACUCAAUUAAAAAUUCUAAUCGUUUGUCAGCCCUAAAUAUAAUAUAUAAUAAUAAAUAAUAACACUAUUAAUUAAAUAGAUAACAAUCAAAUAACCCUCUCUGGGUUCUUCAUGGAAAAAGCCAGGAAAUAACACUAUUGGGAAAAAAAAAAAAUUGUUCAGGGGGCUGGACCAAAUGUGGAGGCAGGCUGUAGUUUGGGGACCCCUGCUUUAUAUUAUUGAAUAAUUACAGACUAUGUAGCAUUCUCAUCAAUCUUUUGUACAUGCCUUCAUCAAAUCUUGGCAGGCUUACUCUAACGCACUUUAUUUUGGAGUCAGCCAGUCCUCCUUCAAAUAUCUCCACAUUGGAAUGAGCAGAUGACUCCAACUCGGAGCUUAAUCCAAUGGUUGUGCCUGCACUUAAACUUCAUUUUAACAAAUUUAAUUCUAAAUUUUCCAAAGAAAUUUAAAUAUCAAAACGACGUGUCCUCAGUACCCACUUUAAAUAAUGAAUAAUAAAAGUAAUUUUAAAAAUCAUUGCCCUGCUUGUUUGUCUCAGGUCAGCAGACCAACUGCUUCUGGGGGGGGGGGGACAUUAAAACAUAGUGCAAAAAGGCUGCAACAAAUUAAUGCUGACAAAAGAGAUGUGGCAAGAAAAAUAAACGCUAUGUUUACUCAGCAUUUCAUCUGUAAUAUUACAAAGCAGAAGUACACAUUGAAUGAAAAGCCCGCUGCUACUGAGUGUCUGUACCAUGACAAUCUUUCUGACUUUAUAUUUGCUAUUAGUAUGGAGGGUGUGGAAAAUUGAAGGUUUUUCUUUACAAAUUGAAGGUGUUGAUCCACACGAAAUGGGUGAUAAAAUAACAAGAUCUCUAGAGCAGUUAUGUUUUGGGGCUGUCGUUCGGCAACACGGACUUUCAACUCCCUCCACAGAUUUUCUAUGGGGUUGAGAUCUGGAGACUGGCUAGGCCACUCCAGGACCUUGAAAUGCUUCUUACGAAGCCACUCCUUUGUUGCCCUUGCUGUGUAUUUGGGAUCAUUGUCAUGCUGAAAGACCCAGCCAGGUCUCAUCUUCAAUGCCCUUGCUGAUGGAGGGAGAUUUUCACUCAAAAUCUCUCGGUACAUGGCCCCAUUCAUUCUUUCCUUUAACCAGAUCAGUCGUCCUGGUCCCUUUGCAGAAAAACAGCCCCAAAGCAUGAUGUUUCCGCCCCCAUGCUUCACGGUGGGUAUUGUGUUCUUUGGAUGCCAUUGAGUAUUCUUUCUCUUCCAAACACGAGAACCUGUGUUUCUACCAAAAAAGUUCUAUUUUGGUUUCAUCUGACCAUAACACAUUCUCCCAGUCCUCUUCUGGAUCAUCCAAUGCUCUCUAGCGAACCGCAGACGGGCCUGGACGUGUACUGGCUUCAGCAGGGGGACACAACUGGCAGUGCAGGAUUUGAGUCCCUGGCGGCGCAUUGUGUUACUGAUAGUAGCCUUUGUUACUGUGGUCCCAGCUCUCUGUAGGUCAUUUGCUAGGUCCCCCCCGUGUGGUUCUGGGAUUUUUGCUUACCGUUCUUGUUAUCAUUUUGACGCUACGGGGUGAGAUCUUGCAUGGAGCCCCAGAUCGAGGGAGGUUAUCAGUGGUAUUGUAUGUCUUCCAUUUUCUAAUAAUCGCUCCCACAGUUGAUUUCUUUACACCAAGCGAAAAGUGAAGAGUUACACAAAACAUUUGGCCUCCGUUAUUGCCAACAAAGGGUACAUAACAAAGUAUUGAGAUGAACUUUUGGUAUUGACCAAAUACUUAUUUUCCACCAUGAUUUGCAAAUAAACAAUGUGAUUUUCUGUUUUUUUUUUUUUUCCACAUUCUCUUUUCAAGUAGGAGAACUUGCACGAUCCGUGGUUGACUAAAUACUUAUUUGCCCCACUGUAUGUGUGUCUGCAUAAAUCAAAACUGUGCUUGGUUGCCUCUUGUCUAUGUGCAUGAAUCUUAGUUCAUGUGCGAGUACCUGCAUUGCUUGACCGAACUGUGGGUUAAAUUGAUGGUGAGUGUUACAAUGCCGGUCUCAGGGUCAUGUCUUGCUUCUUGGAUGCAGUUGAGGUUUGGUGGAUAAGUUUUUCAGUGCAUCAACAAAUCUCUGACUCUUUCAAAUGACAUUAAAUUAUUAAAAACAUGCCAUUUUUUUUUUCUGCAAAUGAAUUUAUGCAUAUUUUUAUUUUUUAUACUGCAAUGUCGGUAACUAUUGUUGCAAGUGCUACCUUCGAACCAACAGGCUCUGUGUGUGCGUGUGCUGGCAGAGAGAAAAGGAAACGCGUGCUGUAAUGAGUGUGUGUGUGGGGUGACGUUCGAGGCAGCCAGACGUGUUUGUGUGCUCGGAAAUAAAAGCCACAAGUUAAAAAGUGAUCCUGAGCAGUUGUGAUUUCCACAUGUCACACAAGGGAGGUAACACUACGCGAAGGCCCUUUGAGUCGCUAGGACUGGAGAGCUGUGAGGUAAUCUGAAGCGAGGGGGAGACGGGCGAGAAGCAAAACUUUGCGGUCGAAUGUGGCGGAAGUCCGCUGUUAUUUUAUUGUUUUCUUAUUGUUGCCACAAUAAA